AUGAAGUUCUCCGCUGUCAUCGCUACCAUCAUCUCCAUGGCCGCUUUCGCCAUGGCUGCACCUGUCGCCAACGAGGCAGUCGCCGUCCGUCAGAACCAUGGCAUGUGUGUCAAGGGCACCACCGCUGGUGUUGAGCAGAUCGAGGGCUGCUAG